AUGCGAAUCCAUUGUCUGGAAAAUGUCGACAAAGGAUUGCAGUUUCUCAAAGAUCAGCAUGUGCAUUUGGAAAAUCUUGGUAGUCAUGAUAUUGUCGACGGAAAUCCACGCCUCACUCUCGGUCUUAUUUGGACCAUUAUUCUUAGGUUCCAGAUCCAAGAUAUCACCUUUGAAGACGCCGAUAACCACGAAACGCGUUCCGCUAAGGAAGCGUUACUACUUUGGUGCCAGAUGAAGACCGCUGGCUAUCCGAAUGUGAAUGUCAGGAACUUCACAACAAGAAUUCUUCUUUCACAAGUCAUCAACGAGUUGAUGGAGAACGAGAAAAUGAUUAACAAAUAUGAGACAAUCUCCUCCGAUCUUCUUGAAUGGAUCAAAGAGAAGAUUGAGAAGCUGAACGAUAGGUAA